UAUGUCCAAUUUUAGUGUCCCGUAACGCAAAAGUUGACGAUAGGCAGAGAUUAUACAUAAGUGGAUGAUAUUAGAUAAUAAGAAUUAGAUCAAAGACAAAAUAUUUUUAUUUUGCAUGUACAGACUGUCGCCAUGGAAAACGGUGUCCCGGGUGUUCGGAAUAUACCCCCUCUGAGGCCAAUUCCGACCUACAACUUUAUUCCACAUGUCCUGAAAACAGACACUGGUGCGAGAGACAGUAGUAAAGACACCAAAUUAUUCCAACCCUGGAAAUCAGAAUGUGGACGGAACUCAGCAUUCAAGCCAGACCCCAGACCAAAGCCCGCCCCACCCUCUGUGUUUUCUGACUACUUCAGCCAUAACACCGCUGAUAUCCUCAACUAUUAUAAAGAGCAAUGGAAAUUUUUUCAAGCCUCGCUUUCACUCGCUACAACAAACGCAGCAGCAACGGCAUUGGCAGAUAGUGAUUCGUUACAUUCUAGUCAUCCAUUUCCUGCGGAACCCCUCCAGCAUUAUCCUUCACGUUCAACCAGUCUCGUAGAUUUACAAAACACAAUCAUAGCCGGGAGAAAGCUGUUCCCGUGUCCCCAGUGCAGAUACACCACGGAUAGACGAAACAACCUGAAAAGACAUUUGCUGACCAUGCACCAGCAAUCCUCCAAGCUACUGGAGUGUUGUGGAAUAGUAUUCGGAACCAAAGCAUCUUUACGUGAACACUCUAUGAUUUUUCAUUCUCAUGGUUACGUAUGUUUAUAUUGCGGGAGGCGAUUUUGUAGAAAAGCGUUAUUAAAGCGACACCUGUCGGUUCAUAAUGGCAAAAAGGAUUUCCGGUGUCAUUUAUGCGAUUAUGCUACUAGUCACAAAAGUAAUUUGGAAAGACACAGGAAAGUGCACGCGCGACAAACUGGUUUGGACAGUGAAAGUAGGUCGUCUGCAGACGAGAGAGAUUUGCAUGUAGCUAUGGGACAGUCAUUUGUUGCAGACCUAUCGUCUGCUGAAACAUCAGAUGAAGAAAUUGACGUCAGCUCAGACUGAUGCACAAAGGCUUCAAUAAGUAGAGAAAUAUACAGAACUGAUUAGAAACUCAUUUUGAAUAUUUAUAAACUAUAUGCAUCAUAAAUUUUCAUAUACAAUAUGUUUCCCCCAUUUCAGUCUGCUGAUAUACUCCAUAGGUCUAUUAUAUUUUCUCAUCUGUGUUCUGUGUUUUACAAGUAUCAUAAAAUAUAUACAACUGUUUGUUUGUACAAUGACGAUGGCAAACUAUUCUUGUAAUACGAUUCAUUGACGUGGGUCAAACCCAGCUUAAAUAUAUUUCUAUUCAAAGAUUUACACAUUAUAGAAAUAAAAAAAUAAAAUUCU